AUGCAGGGGCCGCAGUCCGUGGACGCGCGCCGAGAGGGAAUGAUGGCAGUGGAGGAGUCUCUCAGGGAACUGGGGUCCUCACGGGGCUCCUCACACCGGGCUCCUCACACCGGGCUCCUCAGCAGCAUCUGCUGCGGCUGGCACCGGUCUGAGCGCACGACAGCUGUGGAUGAGAGCGCGCGGCCAGAUGUGGACCGCUGUGGACCGGAAGAGCGCGCGCUAAAAGCACAGUUUAAUCAGAGACUCAGUCGUUAG